AUGGUUAAUUUACAGGUGCAUGUUCUUUAUGAAGUACGGGAACGAGGUGGUACGGUGGUGAGAAAUGUGCCAGUUGAUGAACACAUGACUGAACUGACGCUGUCAUUAUCUGGUGAUAAGGAUGACGAGGAAGUUUUGGAUAUAACGCUCAAAGACCCAUCAGGUCGACCCGUGGACAAAAAUGUCUAUAGCAAAGAGGGAGGGACCAUAGAUCUCAAAAAUGUUAAGCUAAUUCGCCUCAAAGAUCCACAGGCUGGAGUUUGGCAGGUGAUCACAAACUCUCGUCUUAAACAUACUAUUCGAAUAUUCGGGCAUGGCACGAUUGAUUUCAAAUAUGGCUUCGCUACGAGACCAUUAGAGCGGAUUGAACUGGCGCGUCCUCGACCGGUAUCUAACCAAAACACAUAUCUCCUAGUCAAUAUGACGGGCUUGGUUCCACCAGGAACAACUACUGAGAUCUCCUUGCUGGACUAUUACGGUAACACUCUGAUGACGGACACAGCCAUAUGGACCCUACCAGAAGUUACACUUCGAGAUCGUGGCGAAUAUUUUUGUGUUGUAAUCAGCGAAAACGGAAAUCAUACUGUAAAGACAUUUUUGGAUACACGAGAAAUAUUCAAUUUACCUCAGCUAGUUGUGAUUGUUCUAGAAUCGCCUCCUCUAAUCACUGGACUCACCAACACAUCCACACCACUCGGUCAUCCAGCAUUUCUCCAUUGCCAAACUCAGUCUUCAAGUAAAGUUGAAAUUAGAUGGCUUCGGUAUGGUGUGACCGUACUAAAUGGAGUGAACACGAUGGUUUACCCAAAUGGUACCCUUCGGAUACAUCAAACUUCUCGAGCUGAUGCUGGUGCUUACGAGUGUCAGGCUCGAAACACUGGGGGAAUGACCAGCCAAAGCACGUUACUAAAGGUUUGUGAUAUUAUCUCCCACAUUUAG